AUGACGUCAAUGGAAGGACGGGAGGGGGAGGGAGCCAGGCAGAGCUGAUCCCACGUGUGACGCUCGCAUUCCCGGCUCAGUAAUAUUCUCUUAGCUCUGACAGUGUGUGUGUUAGUUACUGGCCAUAGUUGGGUUAGCCAUGGAGGGAGACGGGAGCCAAGCCACAUCUGGAAGCCCUAACGAUUCGCAACACGACCCGGGUAAAAUGUUUAUCGGUGGCCUCAGCUGGCAAACUUCACCAGACAGCCUUAGAGACUAUUUUAGUAAAUUUGGAGAAAUCAGAGAAUGUAUGGUGAUGAGAGAUCCCACGACAAAACGCUCCAGGGGAUUUGGCUUCGUUACGUUUGCGGAUGCAGCCAGUGUAGAUAAGGUCCUAGCUCAACCCCAUCACGAAUUAGAUUCAAAGACGAUUGAUCCUAAAGUUGCCUUUCCAAGACGCGCUCAACCCAAGAUGGUCACAAGAACAAAGAAAAUAUUUGUAGGCGGAUUAUCAGCUAACACAGUAGUUGAAGAUGUGAAGCAGUAUUUUGAACAGUUUGGCAAGGUAGAAGAUGCUAUGCUUAUGUUUGAUAAAACUACAAACAGACAUAGAGGAUUCGGCUUUGUAACUUUCGAGAACGAGGAUGUGGUGGAAAAGGUCUGCGAGAUUCAUUUUCACGAAAUCAAUAAUAAAAUGGUGAGUUGCUUUCACCUCUUUGCAAUUUUUAAAAUCGAGGGCCGGGAUUAAUAUUUGAUGGCUGCUGCGUAUGCGAAUGGGUGUGAGGUGUCAUCCCUAUCCAAAACCAGCCUGCUUUCAAGGGGAUGAGGAGUCACUGGUGUGCACCGGCCACAAACCAUGAAAUUGUGUCUUGGAUCCCUGUCUGCCAGGCUGGGAGUAAAGGACUGUCUCUUUUCCCCAUUGCAGUUCCCUCAUCCAGGGAAAACUGGGAAAGGAUCUGGAAGUCAUUCUGGGGGCUUGUUAAAAGUGUGUGGUGUAAAAGAUUGAAAGAAGAUUUAAAAAUCAAAGCCUGGGUGCUUCUUGCAUGUUGGCACCUGAUGCCCUGUCCCACGAUUUUAUGUUUGCUGCUACGGUUCGUAUUAGAUUUCUCCAUGUCUUGCCAAGCUUUUGAGAAUGAAAGACAGCAGAGGGACACGGUUCCUGACCUUGAGGCUUCUGCAGGCGAGCCAUGGAUGCAGCUCACUGUGCUUGAGACGAAUCAUGAAAUGAGGACAACCCCAAUGUCAUUCCACAUGACAGCCAGUUAGCAAGAUUUUUAAUGAAGGUCAGCGCUGUCAGUUAAGUUCAGUUACUUAUACCUACAAAUCACUGAGAACCAUGAGCCUCUAUGAGUUUUCCAUGAGAUCGAGCUCAGUACUG